AUGCUCGGGCCUCAACUGCUGCUGCUUUCGGGAUGGGGAGCCCUGCUUGGGGCUGGUCUCAGUGACACCUCCUUUGCUGACCCCAGCCUCCGGACCCUGAAUGACUCCACGGGGACAGCGGAGGACAAGGGCUGGUGUUCCACGUGGGGGGCUGGCCAUUUCUCCACCUUCGACCACCACGUGUAUGACUUCUCCGGGACCUGCAACUACGUCUUGGCGUCCGUCUGCAAGGACGCGUCGCCCACCUUCAGCGUCCAGCUGCGUCGCGAGCAAGGCGGGAGGACAGCCCGCAUUAUCGUGGAGCUGGGCUCCUCGGUGGUCUUUGUGCAGAGCGGCACAGUCUCCAUCAAGGAUGUGGGGGUGGUCAGCCUGCCCUACACCAGCAAUGGGCUCCAAAUCACGCCCUUCGGCCAGAACAUGCGGCUGGUAGCCAAGCAGCUGGAGCUGGAGCUGGAGGUGCUCUGGGGCCCGGACGGCUACGUUCUGGUGCUGGUGGAGAGGAAGUACAUGAGCCAGCUGUGCGGGCUGUGCGGUAACUUUGACGGCGAGCCGGCCAACGAGUUCCUCGGCGAGGACGGCCAGCUUUUGGAACCCCACCAGUACGCCAACCUCCAGAAACUCGACGAUCCCAAUGAGAUCUGCGCCUAUGAGCCGAUCCCCCAGCCCCAAGUCAUGCGGGGAGAGCAUGCCCGGACCUGCACCCACCUGCUGAACCUGGUGUCCCCCGAGUGCAGCGUGCCCCGGGAGCCCAUGGUGAGGAGCUGCCAGGCUGACUUGGCGGCAUGCGCCCAGCCAGGCCAGCGCAACUGCAGCUGCGCCACCCUCUCGGAGUUCUCCCGCCAGUGCAGCAUGGCCGGCCAGCCGGUCAACAACUGGAGGACCCCAGGCCUCUGCUCCAUGGGGCAGUGCCCAGCCAACCAGGUAUACAUGGAGUGCGGCUCGGCCUACCUGAGGACCUGCUCCAACCCCAGGCACAGCCACCCUGGCUUCUGCACCUUCAGCUGCUUCUGCCCCAAAGGGACGGUCCUUGAUGACCUCUCCAAGCACCAAGCCUGUGUGCCCGUCUCCCAGUGCCCCUGCAUGCUCAAUGGCGCCCUGUUUGCUGCUGGGCAGGUCACCUCAUCCGCCUGCAGGACAUGCCGGUGCACCAAUGGCCUCUGGGAAUGUGAGGAGCAGCCCUGCCCCAGCCGUUGCUCCCUGGAAGGAGGCUCCUUCGUCACCACAUUCGAUGCCAGGCACUACCGCUUCCACGGCACCUGCACCUAUGUCCUCCUCCAGAGCCACCAGCUCCCUGACAAGGGCUCCCUCCUGGCCAUGUAUGACAAGUCUGGUUACUCACAUUCGGAGACCUCGCUGGUCGCCAUCAUCUACCUGUCUGACCAGGACAGUAUCAUGAUUUCUCAAGAUGAGGUGGUCACCAACCACGGGGACAUCAAGUGGCUGCCCUACAAAAUUCGCAACAUCACAGUCUUCAGACAAUCGUCCACCCACCUCCAGAUGGCCACCUCCUUCGGGCUGGAGCUCGUGGUCCAGCUGCAGCCCGUGUUCCAGGCUUACAUCACCGUGGGACCCCAGUUCUGGGGCCAGACUCGAGGGCUCUGUGGCAACUACAACGGGGACACCACCGACGACUUCACCACCAGCAUGGACAUCACCGAGGGCACCGCCUCACUCUUCGUCGACUCCUGGCGCGCAGGGAACUGCCCGGCGGCGCUCGAGCGCGAGACGGACCCUUGCUCCAUGAGCCAGCUCAACAAGGUGUGUGCCGAGACCCACUGCUCUGAGCUGGUGAGAGAGAACUCCGUGUUCGCCAAGUGCCACUCGGUUGUGAACCCCAAGCCUUUCUACAAGAGGUGUGUCUACCAGGCGUGCAACUAUGAGGAGACCUUCCCCCACCUGUGUGCGGCCCUGGGGGCCUAUGUGCAGCAGUGUGCCGCCCAGGGCGUCCUGCUCUGGGGCUGGAGGGACAGCGUGGACAACUGCACUGUCCCCUGCACGGGCAACAGGACAUUCAGCUACAACAGCCAGGCCUGUGAGCGCACCUGCAUGUCUCUGUCUGACCGCUCCCUUGAGUGCCAUCCAAGUGCAGUGCCCGUGGACGGCUGCAACUGCCCCGAGGGCACCUACCUGGACCAUAAGGCGGAGUGUGUGCGCCGGGCACAGUGCCCCUGUCAGCUGGACAGCCAAAACAUCAUCCUGGCGGGCCAAUCCAUCGUCAUGGAUGGCGCCACCUGCUACUGCCACAGCGGCCGGCUGACCUGCUCCGGCCAGCCCCCGAUGCUCCUGGCCACCUGCAGAGCCCCAAAGACCUUCCAGUCCUGCAGCCAGUCCGAAGACAGCAAGUUUGGGGCAGCCUGUGCCCCUACAUGCCAGAUGCUGGCAACAGGCACUACCUGUACUUCCAAAAAGUGUGAGCCUGGCUGCGUCUGUGCUGAGGGCCUCUAUGAGGAUGCCAAUGGGCAGUGUGUGCCCCCCGAUGACUGUCCCUGCGAGUAUGGGGGGACCUCCUACUCCCGAGGUGCCAAGAUCAGCCCAGACUGUCAGACUUGCACCUGUGAGCAGGGAAAGUGGGUGUGCGAGCCGAAGCCCCACUGCGCCUCCACCUGCACCCUCUAUGGGGAGGGCCACGUGGUCACCUUCGACGGGCAACGCUUCCUGUUUGACGGCAACUGCGAGUACACCCUGAGCACGGAUGGCUGCAGCGCCAACAACUCCCGGCCCACUUUCAAAGUCGUCACGGAGAACGUGGUCUGCGGGAAGUCGGGGGUCACGUGCUCACGGGCCAUCAAACUCUUCUUAGGGGGUCUGUCCAUCGUGCUGGCCGAGAGGACCUACACAGCCAGCGGGCAUGACGCCCAGGUCAGCUUCCAGGUGCAGCCGGGUUCCCUGCACCUGGUGCUGGACGUCCAGGUCGGCAGCAAGUACAACUUGACGCUCAUCUGGAACAAGCACAUGACGGUCCACAUCAGGGUCUCCCGGGCCUCCACACAGGAUGCCCUCUGCGGCCUGUGUGGGAACUACAACGGGAACAUGAAGGACGACUUUGAGACCCGCAGCAAGUACGUGGCGUCUGGCGAGCUGGACUUUGUGAACUCAUGGAAGGAGAACCCGCUGUGCGGAGACACGAACUUGGUGGUCGACCCCUGCAGCCUCAACACCUUCCGGCGCUCUUGGGCGGAGCGCAAGUGCAGCAUCAUCAACAGCCAGACCUUCGCAGCCUGCCACAACCAGGUAUACCACUUGCCCUACUAUGAAGCCUGUGUGCACGACGCGUGUGGGUGUGACACGGGUGGGGACUGUGAGUGUCUGUGUGACGCAGUGGCCGCCUAUGCCAAAGCCUGCCUGGACAAGGGCGUGUGCGUGGACUGGAGGGCCCCCGACUUCUGCCCCAUCUACUGUGACUUCUACAAUACCCACACGCGGGUGCCCGGGGGCAGCAAGUACCAGUACGCACAGGACGCCAACUGCACGUGGCACUACCAGCCCUGCCUCUGCGCUGACCACCUGCAGAGCCACCUGCAGGCCAACAUCGAAGGCUGCUACAACUGCUCCCACGACGAGUACUUCGACCCCAGCGAGGGCUCAUGCGUGCCCUGCGGGUGCAGUGAGAAGCUGGGGAGCACGGUGUGGUAUGGGCUGUGUGGAGGUAUUGAGGGUGACUUUGGGUGUGGCAAACUCUACAGAGUCCCCCGGAAGUACAACAGCUGUCACCUCACGAGCCACCUCGGCACCGAGUCCCACGUCCACACUGGCAUCCCAUCCCAGCGUGGCCACACAGACCACAGCGCGGGCCACAGCACGUACCACGGCACCUACAGUGAGGCCGGCAACACCGGAAGAGACCUCGGGGUCUCCCCCAGUCCCGAAUCCACGGGUACCUCCACUGCUCCCACAUAUCCAACUCACACCGCUCUGCCCACCUCUACCUCCAUCCACACAGGCACAGGACCUACGCCCUCCUCCCAACCUCUGACCGAGACCACACGUGGCACCACACCGAUGCACAACUCCAUCAGCACAGCCAAAACCACCAGUUCGCCUGUAUCCCACCUUCCCUCCACAGGGCCACAGCCAUCUGUCUCACGGGCUCACACCUCCACACCCAAGCCCACUGGUGGAGGCACAGUUCCCUCCGUGCCACACACGACCACUGCCUCCACCACAGACCCCUUCACUACGUACUCCACACCCACUGUCUCUUCCUCCUCCUCCCAUUCCACCAGUCGCCCCACAGGGACAUCCUUUAAGACCACCACCACCCCACCACAUUCACACCCUGAGACCACGCCGCCCACUCAAGUCCCACCCUUUUCAACUUCCUCAGUCACCACAACCUCUCAUCUAACUGUCACCCACAGCCCUGAAUCCACAGGGACUUCCAGUGGUCCCACAUAUCCAUCCGGCAUCACUCUGCCCACCUCUACCGCCAUCCACACAGGCACAGGACCUAUGCCCUCCUCCCAACCUCUGACCGAGACCACACAUGGCACCACACCAAUACACAACUCCAUCAGCACAGCCAAAACCACAAGCGCCCUUCUGCCCCAACCUCCCUCCACAGGGCCACACACAUCCGUGUCACCGGCUCACACCUCCACCACACCCAAGCCCACCGGCGGAGGUACAGCUACCCCCGUGCCGCACACCAAUACGGCCUCCACCACCGGCCUCUUCUCUACAUCAUCCACAUCCACUGUCUCAGCCUCCUCCUCCUCCCACAGCCAGUUUGCCCAGUGUGUCUCUAUCCUCUACUCUGUUCCCUGUCACUUCCGCGACUUCUGUCAUCUCUACAAGGAGCAGCACCGUAGCCUCGGCCAACUCCGCCACUCCUACCUCCCAGGGACCCCUGGCGCCCAGCCCAGCGUCUCCUACGUGGUCUGCCCCCCCAACCUCCAAUAUCUCACCACGCCCACGCCCACGCAAGGGGUCCUUUCUUCCACUGUGGGGGUGACAACGGCCCCCAGUUCUGCAGCCACGACCCUCACCACCAGCCAGCCAGGCCCCGGCAGCUUAAUCACCACCAUGAUGCUAAGCAGCUCCGCCCAGACUGCCCCGGAGUCCUCGUCCCCGGUCACGGCGCUCCCCGAGUCCACCGGGGCCUGCAGUGUGCAGGAGCACCAGGAGGAAAUCACCUACCAGGGCUGCUCUGCCAACAUCACGGUGACCCGCUGCCAUGGCACCUGCAUCUCCUCUUCCAGCAUCAACUUGGACACCCAGCAGAUAGACACACAGUGUGGCUGCUGCCGCCCCGAAGUGUCGUACAAGAAGCCACUGGUGCUGCCCUGCCCAGACCCCAGGGCCCCUGGGCGCAGGCUGGUGCUCUUACUACAGGUCUUCCGCAGCUGUGUGUGUGGCACCCAGGCCUGCAGGGACUAG